UUAAUUAUAUUAGCAUUAAUGGAGGAUCCCAAGAAGUUAGAAGAAGGAUUUAGCAAUCAAAAGAAUAAUAUUAGUGAAGAAAAUAUUGAUACAAAUAGAAUUGAUAAUAAUCAAGAUUUGGUUAGCCAUGAAAAUGAUCAAAAAAUAUUGAGCCAACCAUUGCAAAAGAAGGAAGAAGAAGAACCAAUUAUUAAGAAGGGUAAAAGGGUUGCAACAUUGGAUGCAUUUAGAGGUCUCACUAUAGUGGUACGCGAUUUAACUUAUAUAUACUGAUAUGAUAAAAUUAUCAGUUUAUUUUAACAUGUUAUAGCACGUAACUAUAUCCUUUGUUUUUUUUUAGGUUACUUAGUUUUAUCUUUUUGUGAAUUGUAUUACAUAUCUUUAUUUUGAGUUUAACUUAUAUACCCCUAUAAUUUAUAAUCUUAUAAUGAAUCACAUAAAAAUGGAUUAGAAACCUCUAAUAAAAUGCUUGUUUGUUACUUAGUAGACGUGGACUCGAAUUAUUUAUUUUCUGUCUGUUUUAUCUUCAUUGUUAUUUUUUUGGUCUGACCUGAAUACAAGAGAUAACAUAAAGUUUAAUAUGUUACACUCAUUUGUCAUUUUGGUGAAUUGAUAGUGUGAUUCAUUUUAUUCAUAUUAUCAGUAUGCAAAAGUUAAACUCGAUGAAAUCUAGUAUAUCGUAGUUUUUCUCCAUGUUGUUCUUUAACUUGCUAAUACCACUACUUAUUAUUUAUUUUAUUUCUUUAUUGCUUCGUAACAUUAACUUUUCUUGCGAUUUUUUUAUUUUUUUUCUAUAUUGCUUCGUAACACUAACUUCCCUUGCGAUUUAUUUUUAUUUUUUUCUUCUUAUAGUUAAUGAUAUUAGUUGAUGAUGCUGGAGGAGCAUAUGCAUGUAUUGAUCAUUCACCAUGGAAUGGUUGCACAUUGGCUGAUUUUGUAAUGCCAUUUUUUCUCUUCAUUGUUGGUGUUGCAAUUGCUCUUGCCUUAAAGAGAGUUCCAAAGGUUAGUGCUGCAAUUAAAAAAGUAACACUAAGGACAUUGAAGCUUCUCUUUUGGGGAAUUAUUCUACAAGGAGGAUACUCACAUGCACCAUAUGAUUUAGCUUAUGGAGUGGACAUGAAAGUAAUAAGAUGGUGUGGUAUUCUACAGAGAAUAGCCUUGGUGUAUUUGAUAGUGGCUUUAAUAGAGAUCUUAACUACCAAGCUAAGGCCAACAACUUUAACCCCUGGCCAUUUCUCAAUUUUCACUGCCUAUAAAUGGCAAUGGCUUGGAGGAUUCGUUGCAUUCGUUGUUUACACGACAACAAUAUAUGGUCUUUAUGUUCCUGACUGGAACUUCCUGGUGCACGACGGAGAUACAUCACAAAGAUACACGGUAAAAUGUGGUAUGAGGGGGCAUUUAGGACCUGCCUGCAAUGCAGUAGGUUACGUUGAUCGACAAGUUUGGGGUAUCAAUCAUCUGUAUAAUCAACCUGUUUGGGCACGUUCCAAGGUAUGUACAUUGAGUUAUCCAGAAACAGGUCCAUUUCGAGAUGAUGCUCCUAGUUGGUGUCGUGCUCCAUUUGAACCCGAAGGCUUGCUGAGUUCAAUUUCAGCUAUCAUGUCUGGAACAAUUGGCAUACAUUAUGGACAUGUUUUGAUUCAUUUUAAGGGUCAUGGUGAGAGGCUAAAACAAUGGAUCUCAAUGGGGUUAGGUUUACUUAUUACAGCCUUUAUUCUACAUUUUUCAGACGCAAUUCCUCUAAACAAACAAUUAUAUAGUUUUAGCUAUGUUUGUUUCACUGCUGGUAAUGCUGGAAUUGUAUUUUCUGGAUUGUAUAUACUGAUUGAUGUUUUGGCAAUGAGAAUCCCAUUUUUGUGGUUGGAAUGGAUUGGAAUGAAUGCAAUGUUGAUAUUUGUAAUGGGAGCACAAGGUAUCUUUGCUGGAUUUAUAAAUGGAUGGUAUUUCAAAAAUGAAGACAAUAACCUUGUAAAUUGGAUUCAACAUCAUGUAUUCUUUGAUGUGUGGAAAUCACAAAGAUUGGGAACUUUAUUAUAUGUAAUAUUUGCUGAAAUUACAUUUUGGGCAGUUCUUGCUGGGAUUUUGCAUAGACUUGGUAUCUAUUGGAAACUAUAAAAAAAAAUAAAAUCACACAAUAAGAAAGGGAAACGAAAUUUGUCGCG